AUGUCGCAGCAAGGAACCCAAGGACCUCCAUCUGGAGCUUCUGGGCAAGCCAGUCGAGGCCCUCCAUAUGCGCCCCUCAAUGCCGGCCUGGGUGGAACCCCUGCCAUUGUGCCUGACGUACCUCUCGCCAUUGUCUUUCUCAUACUCUACCUGAUCUUUGGCGUUAUCCACAUCAAGAUCUUCAAGGGUAACAAGCAUCGCGGGCACAAGUUCAUCUUCAAUGGCGCUAUACUCGGUCUUUGCAAGAUCAGAAUCAUCACCAUGUCCCUGCGGAUAGCAUGGGCCAACUAUCCCAGGAACAUCGGACUCGCCAUCGCGGCCAAUAUCUUCGUCUACAUCGGUACCAUCAUCUUGUACGGAGUGAACUGGUUCUUUGUCCAACGUAUUGUCCGCUCCCAGCAUGCGCGCCUAGGAUGGUCAACGCCGUACCGCAUCUUUCACCGAGGCGGACUGAUUCUGUUGGUAGCCACUCUACUUAUGCUCAUCAUAAGCCAGAUCUGGCAGUUCUUCACACGCGACCAAAGCAAGCUUACUGCUUUCCACGACCUAUUCGUCCUCGCUCAGACAUAUUUUACGAUAUUCUGCUUUGCGCCAGCUAUCCUAGUAGGCAUCUCGCUCCUCGUUCCUAGGACAGAAGUCGAGAAGUUUGGCGCUGGUCGACUGAGGUACAACAUCAUCAUCCUCCUCAUCUCGGUGUCUGUUCUCUCCAUCGGGCAGAUCUUCCGCUGCGUUCUGGCCUGGAUUCCAGGAACCCCAUUGAUUGAUGUACAGCGCGACGUCAUCAAGCUGCCGUGGUACCUGACCAAGGGAAGCUUCUACUGCUUCAAUUUUGUCACUGAGAUCCUCGUCAUCAUCAUGUUUGCAGUGGUUCGCGUCGACCUACGUUUCUACGUGCCAAAUGGGGCCAGGAAGUCAGGUGACUACUCCAGGAGCCGCGUUGACUUGCACGACGAGAACGAGAAGAAUCUUACCGCACCCCCGCCCACUCUGGCUCACCCGAUGGCCCACCCCAACGACUCAAGUCAAACGCUACACAGAUACCAGUCUUCCGUGUUCGAAGACACCCAGACACUGGCUGAUUCACUACAAUACCCUCAUUCGACUCUAGAAGUAGACAACACAGGUAGCUGGAAGGUCAAGCGUCUCUCGGGCGACUCAUCGAGAAGCCGCCACACUACCAUUUCUUUCGCAGCCUCAUCUAAGACAACACUAAAUGACAAGGCUUCGCGCCCCGAUAUCAAUGUGCCGCCAGUUCCAGAACUGCCUGCUGAAUGGCCAUUGCCAGCUUCCACGCCACCGCCGGGUGCAAGUUCUGUUCUGGAGCAUACAAAUCCGCCAUCGCGUCGGGGCACCCCGCAACAACAGACAUAUGAGCUUGAACAUCACCAAUUGAAUGAGUUCGAUGUAGGCGAUGCGGUUACCGACGCAUUGGCCAGGCUGGAAUCAAACAGUGACAGACGUAGAGCCAACCCUUCGACCCCACCUCCGAGAUCUCAUCGCAAAACGCCAGUACCGGUUUACACUCCUACUAUGCCAUCUAAAAGUGGAAGUGUUUCGCCAUCCCGAAAGACCAGGAAGCGCGUUAGUUUCCCGCAGACAGAGGUCAUCCGCAGCCGCGCAAACAGCGCCAAUUCUCAGGGUGCAAGAACCCCUGCUAUCGAAGAGAUCCCCGAACUCCCGAUCCAGAAGCCCUCCGAGUCAUCAAGACCAGCUCAUCGAACUGGACCGACAAGGACACCUAGUCUGGAAAUUAUCUCAUUGUUGAACCACAUGAGUGGCGAUUCCACUCGCAUCCGAGACGCAUCACUACAGCGAACACGCGCCACCUCAGUCGCGGGAUCGGACGAACCUAAGACUCCCGCUUCUUGCGAUCUUACUCGACAGACAAGUUCAAAGUACAGUAAUGAUAAUAGCAGCGCAACAAGCUCCGAAGUGCGAGAGAAAGAACUCGCGAGGGAGGAAUUCCGUCGCUUCAGCUCAGAGGCACCGCACAGAUAG